AUGUCGCCGAUGGGUGUAAAUGUUCAGGAGGCUGGUGCAUAUAAUUUGCAUGUAAUUGACACACUUGACACCGCCGGGCAUAAUCUACUGCAUCUUUUACCAUGGCUUAACAUUCCAACCAAAAUUAACAAAGUGGGUUCCUCUGAGGCUACCCUCCUUACCAAACUUGAGAUAAGGUCCUUUUCAUACGAGCUUGUGGUUCUCUAUGUCGAUGACAAUAGAUCUAUCUUUAGCCCAGAGGUGCUCAACCUCAUUGAGGAUGACAUCGUUGGCAAGUUUGUAGUUGGUGUUUCUAUAGUUUCUUUGCUGUCAUUGGCUCUUUCUUAUCUAACUCUUGCAGCUGCACCUCACAUGUUCAUCAAUACAUAUGAGAAUGUCUUUGCUGUUGCUAUCGACACUAAAUAUACCUUCAUACAAGUUAAAGGAGUAUCUCAAGGAUCUAAGAAAAUUCGUUAUUGCUAUCGCUCAUGUUACAUCGGCUGA